ACCAAGGAACUGUUCAGAAUUUCAACUGGAAACGGCGGCGGCAUAUGCUGUUUGUUUAUAUUUAAAGAUGAGGGGAAGAAUCGGUUUGCGUUUGUUUAUAAAGUAAACCGCUAUGAUAUUUUAAAUUAUUUUAACGUAACGUUAGCUAACUGGCUAAAUGUAGUCACAUUCGCCAUAACCUGGACAGAACGCAGACCACAAGAAUAUAUUUCAAAUUUAAGUGUAACUGUUAUCCCAUAACCAUGCAGUUGGAAGGGAGUGCGCGGCGCUUCGCAGCGGUUGAUCCGAAGGGUCUGAAAAGCACGACGAAACCGGCUGCCCUCAAAGCGGCCAAGCAGAACUCGUCGUUAGUCGCGAAGAUCAAGACAAAGAUCCAAAAUACCUCGUCCUUCUUCAAGGUCUCGCUGAAGACCAACAACAAGGCCCUGGCCCUGGCCCUCGUAGCGCAGAAGGACAAGAGCCGGCUCCUGGAAACGGAGACCGUUCGCCUUAGGAAAGAAGUGCAGUCCCUGUGCUUCGACCUCGCCCACCACCGACAUCAACACAACCGGCUGGUCAGACUCUUGAAGGACCUUCAAGCGAGUGCCUUACACAGCAUCGUAGCAGCUGUGGACCUGCUUUCUGCUGAAGAUGUACAGGACUCCUCUGAUGCUCCUGAUGAAAUAAAUGAGAAAUCCCAGACACACCCAGAAGAUGCCAUCACAGAGCUGGGGAGGGUCCCCGGUAGGGUACCUGUGGUAUCUGAGAAAAUUGGAAACACUCCACGCCCUUCUCCGAAGAAACCAACCAGGGAAUCCAGUGGAUCCAGUGGAUCCCAAGACCAACUGGGGAAUCCCUCAGAGGAGAUCCACUCACAAACCAGCACAGCCACUCUUCACAGGGUCAUAGGUCAAGGAAGUACAUGCAAUGAGGAUACAGAGACUGUAGCUGAAAGUAUCCCACCUCGAAAGGAAAAAAUUGCCCGUCCAUCGUCUGGCUUGCAGCAGGAGUUGGAUAAGUGGUCUCAGAUCUAUUUAGACAUCCAGCUGGAGCCAGAACCUAUCCCAGAACCCCUUGCUGUUGUGAACUCUCCGCCUCUACCAGAGUCGGCCUCAGUGGAGCCCAAAGGGACGUCGGGCGGCCUAACGGGGGAGUCCCCAGGCCCGGAGAGGACCACCCUGUUUGAGUCCGAGAUGGAGAUCACGCUGGGCGAACCCCUGGCAGAAAUAGUCGCCGUGGAGACCAAGCCCAAGAAAAGCAGGAAGGAGAGCGUGGCGAAGUCGCAGAGGAAGGAGGGCACGCAGGCAGACGGCACUCGGCCUCCGGAUAAGGAAGAGGAGAAGAAGAAGAAGAAGAAGAAGAAGAGCAGCUCUGUUCGCUGGGAAGAGACUCCUAGCACAGAUGCUCCUCCUACUCAGGGGCGGGGCCAGAUGCGGAGCCCCGCCUCCUACCUGUCCCUCAAUCCCGUCGGCCCCGCCUCCGAGGCGGAGGUGAAAGAGGUGGAGCCUGUGGAAAGGGAGGCGGAGCCUGCACAAAGGGAGGCGGAGCCUGCACAAAGGGAGGCGGAGCCUGUGGAAAGGGACGGGGACCUGUUCGCGGCUCGCCGGAAUGUUCACGUCACCUCCCGCAACGCGAAGAACCGCCGCCAAACCCGCGAAGCCCCGCCAGGCUUCAUCGGGGAGCGGAGCGCGCGGAAAACCUACAUCGUCUCCCUCGACGCCGAGCGCGCGAACGCCGGCCCCCUCAGCUCGCCGAAAGACGACUACUUUGGCAACGCGGAAACGUGCGGCGCGAGAAUCGGGGAAAAGGAAAUCCCCUGGGAUACGGACACUCGGGAAGACGAGGAAGGCCUCGGAGGGAAAAGCAGGAAGACUUACGUCGUCCCCGCGUCGCAGAGCGGCUGCGCCGUGAGCAGGAGGACGUACGUGAUCUCGGACGACGGCGAGCGGGGCCGCACGAGCACGAAGAGCAGGAGGACUAAAGCUCUCUCUGUAAGCAGGGAGCACGAGCCUGCGGCUGACAGACUCUGCGUUAUGGACCCAGGCCGCACAGGGGAACCGGCUGCAGGUGAGCCGAGCGCGUUAGAACACCAGAGCGGGCCGGGCUUGGCAGGCAAACGCAAGGGGCCGUUCACUGAGGGACCCGGGGCCCCAAGCUGGGACCCGACGGGGAGCCCCGUUACCCUCGAUGGCCCCAUCAUGCUGGAGAACCCUCCUUGGGAGACCCCGUUGGAUCCAUCGUCUGCCGUCACGGGAGAACCCAAACCCAAGAGGUGCAGGAAGGAGAGCGGCACCAGAGUGGGGAAGAAGGAGAGGAAACGGAGGGAUGAAGCCUCAUCUCAGGUGAAGAAGAGGGAGAAAGGCAGCGGUCAUAAAGAGAAACACCUCGAUGCGAACGUCCCGACCUCGUGGGGCUACAGUGGGACCCUUACGCCAGCUCCUAGCAACCAUGCCGGACCUGAUCCGAGGGAACUGUCGGCAGGGCGACCGGAACCCUGUGGCAUAGCGACGGCUUCUGUGACAUCACACAGGAAGAAUAUUAUGAGGAAGACUAACAUCAUCACCUCGGAUGGUCGUUGUGAAGGCAGUAACUCAGUUGACACAACUGUCACGAGUCAACCGAUUGAGUUCCCGGUUGCCGAGCAGAAUAUAGGUGCCAUAAAACCUGUAACUUUAGCCCACGCGUCUGCAGACUCCAACUGUGAAGUGAAGAAGGAAAACUAUGCUUAUUCUACUACCACGGAAGCUGAGAAUGGUGUAGCAAGGAACGAUGCAUUCUGGGAACCGAAUAUCCACCUCAGCCAAGAACAGAUGGCCACCCCCUCGCAUCAGAGCUGUCCUGUCGCGAACAGGAAGACGUCUGUGGUCUCCGAACGUCACGCCCGGGGCCCCGCGUCCGUGAAGGGCCAGAGGAGUAGAGUGGCCCCCAGUGGGAGGGACUCCGAGGCGGAGAGGGCGGUGCAUUCUGGGGGGGUCCUGGCAGCCCCCCCCUCUCCGGACGGGACGCGGGAGAGCCUAAAAAAGCUCAUCCUGGAGGAGAGGCCCCCCUGGGAGCUGAUGGAUGACAGCUGCGCCUCGCUCCCCGAGUGGGACGUCCCGCUGCAGACGCCGGCCCCCGGGCCCGUCUCCAAGCCCACGCCCGCCAGGGUCGCCGUCUACGAGGAGCCGGCCGACCCAGCUCCAGAGAGCUCCCCGGCGGGUAGAGCGCUGCAGAGUUUGACCAACACACCUGUUACCAUGGACGCGGAGCAUGGGAGGGUGAGGAGACGUGGGAAAGGGGCUGUUUCCUACAAGGAGCCGUCAAUCAACUGCAAAAUGAGGCGUGGAGAUAAGUUCAGUGACACCAAGUUCCUGAGCUCUCCCAUCUUUAAAGACAAGAAGAAGAAGAAGAAAGCGCACGCCCAGAAGAUGGAGAUUGACACACGGCUUUCUUUCAACGACACGGACUGAGUUCCGUCCUCCUUUCCAUCGUUAUUAUUUAAUUUUGCACUGUUGUCGUUCGUAUUUUACGUUUAUUUCACCUUCUGCUAUGCUUUAUAUUUCACGCCGACAUUUAUUGAAUAAAGUGCUUCUCAGUUUAGACCCUC